AUGCCCCCAAAGAGUGCAAAGCAGAAGGCUUGUGCUGCAAAUGCAGCCAAUUCAAGUGAUUAUGAGUACAGUUCUGCUACUACCUCUGACUCUGAGCUUAAGCUGGAUGAAGAAUUUAUUGCAACUGUAGUGAACCAUGCAGUACAUCAGGCAUGUAGGGUCCAUACCUCAAGAACUCCAGCCAAACUCUUGCCUGCCACUGAAGCCAUGCUGAGAAAUACAAAUUUAUCUGUCAAAGUACCUUUUUCACUUGAUAAAAAUAUGUUUUCACCUAAUGAAGAUGAUGUUCAUGGUGAAAUGGAAGGAGAACAAAUGCAGGUGGAAACAGAUGAAAUGAUUCCAGAAAUGGUUGAUAGCUCUUCUAUAUUGUUAUGGUCAGAUGGUCUGGGGUUUGGGGACUCAGUCCAGAAGAAAAUCUCAAAGGAGCAUCUUCCAUAUGCAGAUGACUUCAAUGCUCGUGUCAAUUUCUUGACUCAAGGAAUUUAUAAGGUCCACAUGACAAUGCAAGGCUUCAAUUUCUGCCCAAAGAAUGAGAGUGACCUAAAGGCAAUGAGCAAGAGUGUAAUUACCAGACUGGCCAGGUUGCAUCAGGGAGGCUUUGUCCAUCAUGACAUUCAGAUGCCAAACAUCCUGUAUGCUCCAAAUUCUGAUGAAAAUUUCAAAUAUAUCCUUAUCAAUUUCAAACAUGGAGGUUAUGUUGGAGAGUAUAUGUCUGGCAAAUUGCUCAGGGGCUGGGAUGAUGGAACACACAGAUGCUGGGAGAUAUAUGACACCAUCUGA